AUGGAAACUAUACAAAUGUCAAUGUCCCGCGAUUCAGCAUCGUUUCCAAUCACCCGACGGAUCGGUCAUCCGUACCAGAACAGAACUCCACCGAAGCGCAAAAAACCAAGGACAUCCUUCACAAGGAUGCAGAUAGCAGAACUAGAAAAGAGAUUUCACAAACAGAAGUAUUUGGCUUCAGCGGAAAGAGCCUCCCUCGCUAAGACCUUGAAGAUGACCGACGCUCAAGUCAAGACCUGGUUCCAGAAUCGACGGACGAAGUGGAGACGCCAAACAGCUGAAGAGCGUGAAGCGGAACGUCAAGCAGCUAACCGCUUAAUGCUUUCACUUCAAGCUGAAGCGCUAAGCAAGGGUUACAUCCCUGAACCACCACCCGGCGCAUCGCUGUCAGCGCUUCAUUAUCAACAGAACGCCGCACCUCCCGCGUCCAAUACAGCGUUAAGCGCAUUACAGAAUUUACAGCCAUGGGCUGGGAACCAUGGCUCUUUUAUAAACCCUCCUAAUACAGCGCCAACAGCGCAUCCACCGCCUGUCGCGUCACCGAUUUGCUGA